AUGUUGGUGUCCAUGUCGAACCAGCACGAAACCCGCCACUUGAUCGAUCGGUUGCGGUCCGUCGGGCUCGACAAGUACAUUGAGCUCCCUCAAAUCGCUGUCAUGGGCGACACGUCCAGCGGAAAGUCGUCGGUGUUGUCGGCGCUGUCUGGGAUCACGUUUCCAUCGUCGGGGAACCUCACGACGCGGUGUCCGACCCAGCUCAUCCUGACGCAUGCCAACACGUUUUCGGGAACGGUCCGGUUGCUGCGAUUCGACCCCGCGGUCGAGUCGCCCGAGGCGGUGUCGGUUCGAAGCGUGGACGACGUGACCAGCCACAUUGCCGCCCUGACGCAACAACUUGUAAACGAAGGCCAGUCGAUCAGCGACGACGCGAUCGAGAUCAAGCUGCAUGGGCCAGCCUUUCCCGACCUGACGUUGACGGACCUUCCAGGGCUCAUUCGGACUGUCGGCGACCACGAAGACAAGGCGAUGAUUGCCCGCGUGGACAAGCUCGUGCACCGGUACUUGGUCCAAGAUCGGACCAUCAUCCUGGCGGUCGUGCCGGCCAACGUCGACAUGCACAACACGGCGAUCAUUCAAGCAGCGGAGGAAGCGGAUCCCGACGGCGUCCGCACCAUCUCCAUCAUCACCAAGCCUGACCUGAUUGACCGGGGUGCUGAAGACGCUGUCGUGGAUUUACUGAUGAACCGGACCAAGCGCCGCCGCCUCGGCUACCAUAUUGUCAAAUGCCGAGGCCAACAGGCGCUCAACAACAAGGUGACGAUCCAGGAGGGCCUCGACCGCGAAGCCAAGUUUUUCGGCUCGCAUCCGAUCUGGUCGACUGUGGACAAGUCGCUGUGCGGUACGGCGCGGCUGGCCGAGAAGCUGACGGUGCUCCUCAUGGAGACAGUGUCGAAUUCGCUGCCCAAGGUCGUGGCUGAGAUUGACGCCCAAUUGAUCCAGUGUCGUGCCAAGCUUGGCGCCCUUGGGGAGCCCAUGAGUACCCUUGGUGUCCGGCGCAAUGCCUACAUGAAGCUUGUGCACGUUGUGGUCCAUCGCAUCGAGUGCGGCAUUCGCGGUAACUACUACGACUCGUUUUUUGACGGCGAGGCGCUCGAUUCCCGCCUGCGGGCGCGGCUGCGUUUGGCGGAAGCCGAAUUCCAGAAGUCGAUUGAAAUGCUCUCGGCAGUUGAUGCGGUCAAUGUCGACACGUCGGAGCGGGUCCCCCUUCCUGGGGAAUUCGUUGAAGUGACGGAGGAUGGCGGGUCGACGUGGGUGACGGACCAAGUGACUGAAGUCAGUGAAGGCAACAUCAAGACUGCCUGCACGCCGCCAACAAUAUGGCUGGCCAGAGAAUCGGAGUGGCGCUUCCUGCCGGAACUCGAGCUAUCGGAACUGAAAGAGAUGAUGGCGGCAAACCGCGGCGACGAACUGCCCAUCUUCCUCUCGUACUCGACCUUUGCCAACGUCAUUCGACAGAGAUACGUGACCAAGUGGCGGCGGCCCAUGGUCGACCUUUUUGACAAGUUCCAGGCGCUCAUGCUCGAGUUUGUUGCGCGGGUGAUUGCAUCGGCUCCAACCAAACCCGCCCUCGAGAUGUACUUGAUGAGCAAGGCCAAGUCGAUUUUGGAACAGUUGGCAACGUUGGCGAUGGUGGAGCUCAACCACGCCAUGCAGACGGAGGGCCGCCCGUACACUCUCAACCACAGCUUGUACCAAGUCUGUUGGGAACUUCGUUCCAAGCCAUUGAUGGCUUGA